GUCUUCAAGAGCAAGGAUGCGAAGGCGAGCGCAAAGCACAAAGUACAACAAGUGGACUCAAGCCAAGGGCACAUGCCUUUAGCAAAGCCUAGAUUUGUUUCUACAUGGAUCAGCAAACAAAUCGAUCCGGAGGAUGUCGAUGAGCUGAUCCAAGUUUGCACGCUUAUUCUCAAGUCAAGAGACACCGAUACCGUACCAGCGAAAACAUUCAUCAACAGUUUCUACAAAGGCAAUCGUGAAGGAAGUAAAAACUACACUGGUUCGAGCCUUCGCCGGGAGCUUAUUCUAACCGACCCAGCCGUAAGUCUGUUUGGUCUUGUAGCCUUGACUCUGGCUGACACGAUUACAGNNAUCUUGUGCAGUAUUCUCAAAUGGUGCUGGAGUCGAAUGCCCGGUGGCGUAGUAACCUGGCCAGUUUAUCAUGGCUUCUCUUUAGGCGAACGUGGUUCGUACUCUUAUUACCGUGUGGUGCAGCACAAGCAGCUGAUUGCAGUCANNGAUUCGAACAUGGCAAGAAAUGCCUUCCACACCUUCGUCCCUAUGAGUGUCGAUUCGAACGCCAGAAAGAACAUCAUCUACAACUUUUUCGACCUGUUGACUGCCAUCGCCGCCCAUGGCAAGACCAAUGGAUUCGGAGGCAGAAAACUAUCGCGAAUGGCUGGUUGGUGGGCAUUCGAACAUUCAGACGACGGAAAGGGCUUUGAAGGUGGCUACAGAUCAUGGGUGACUCAUCUCUUCUUUGGCUAUCUCAGAUCUCUGAACCCCGAAGCUCUGGAUGGCUUCACAGGAAUCAACGGUCUACCACGAUCGAUGCAGGCACUAUUGGCUCAAACUGAAUAUCCUCCGGAAGCGCCCAUGCUUAUGCAAAAACAAACGCCCAGAGUCGUCAUGCUUGUGGACGUCGUUUCUCCUGGUCCUNUUGCUUUACUCCGCAGAGCCAACAACUUUGAGUAUCGCGAUGAGGAUCUGCAAAUCUUCUCGGAAUACUCUGAUCCUGCUCAAGCAUUGACCGAAGAAUGCCGACGUGUUCUCCACUGCAUCACUUCUGCAAACCAAUCUGUUCCUGUGCGAUCACAGAGUAACAUGAGUCUUGGAUUAGAGUCUCUGAACACUAGACCUGAUGAAUCCUGGUCACACUUCCAAGACUUUGGCUUUUCGUCACUUGGCGAUGACUCCAACGAUUUGACAAGUGCCACGUCUUCGUCAAGCCCGGAGCCGAGAUUGUCAGGGCUCAGGUCAUCUCCACAGUCUCGUGCCAAUGAUGGCAACCGUCCGACGACACCUUCUUGGGCCGACUUCCUGAAUUCUGGAUUCGUCGACGAGAGCAAUAACGUGAAAUCAGCCCCUAUAAGGAUGUUGAUGCCACCGGAUAAGAUGCUCCCUCCAAUCAACAGCGGACCUCCAAGGUCAUCCAAUGGCUACCAAGAAGAGGAUGUAAACCCAGGCGAACUAGCUAGUAUCACAAAAUUCGACCUUGAUGACUGCUUCUGGUGGGUCUGGAUGACAAGUCUUGCUAGCGAAGAACCAGCGGCGAGGAAGGCUGUCUUCGGUAGAUGUGCCCUCAUUGAGACUGGAAUACUUCACGGCCGCUGGAUCUUGCUGGAGGAACAGAUCAAGAGCGCUGCUCCCGAACCGGGUGAGGGCGCUUAUAUUGCUGAANAGAAGUCGCGCUUUGGUUUCCNNAGCCGUAGAGGAAAACAAAGCCGUAGGAAGUCGGCGACCCUACCACCGAACAGACACGACAGCCCUCAAUCACAGCAGCAAGCUGAAUUAACAACACCAAAUACAACCAGCAUCUCUCCUGUCCAGCAAGCAAGAAUCAGGGCUGCGGCAGCUGAUCUUGCUCGACAGAAUGUCAAAGCAGAAGUAACAUCAAAUGGACAGCGACGCGGACGACACGAUGAUGCUUCCUCGAUGAAGACCAACAGCGUUUUGACACUAGGCCUAACAAGUGAAGCAGCACCAGCUAUGAAGUGGGCCCACACGUUUGACAAAGAAGCGGUGCGUAAGCAAUAUCUGGGUGAUAAUUUCGCUGGCAAGGGAACACCUGUGGAUAUCCAUGUUCCUGAUAAUGCUGCCAUGCUCGCCGAAACACAAGGACCCAACAAGCCGUUGCCUUCUCCUGACGCCAAAAAACAAUCAAUCUAUAUCUCAGACCACGAAGUGUCCGUGACUCCAGAGCAACCAAACGCAAGCAUAGAGGGACUUGCCUGCGACACAUGCUUCUAUCAUCUCCGAGAAACCGAUUGUACACAACGCCACAGAGNNGUGCCAGCCGUGUCAUCCGUACCCAAGGUUACUCAGGUAGGAAGAAAGCCAGUACCGGAGCGUACUAACAACGUCCACAACCAUCCAGCAUUCAGGACCUCUAUGGAAGGAAAGAGACCUGCCAACUCGGAAAAUUCGUCAGUCAAGGCUGCAAGAGAAGCCUGGGAAGCGAAGGCGGCUACCUUUAGCCCGGACAAGCUGGCUCACGAACAGAACAAACGCCCCACUGGUUUUAAGCGAAUGUUCAGCAAAGGUCACAAGAGCGAUGAUGGUAGACGCGGGUUGAAUGCUCAGCAGCCAUCAGCUUCGAUGACUAGCCUGGCACCUCCUUCUGAAACGAAUCUCGGAAGGAAAUUGUCUCUACUGCGCAAGAAAUCUGCCACUCCAACCCCACCAGCCGAGCCUGUAAUGCAAACUACAGAGCCACUGUUCCCACGCCGUGCUCCAGCAAACAACAUAGUCACACCUACCUCCGAACCAAGUCCCCCAGCAGUCAGCCCAUUGGAGACGAGCUAUUCUCAGCAACAUCUCGGGGUCGAUGACCGAAGGAUCUCUCCCAUGCACUCCGAGCACAUGAGCAAUUCCGAUGAAGAGCAACAGCGUUUCGAUCAGGGACCGCUCUUAGAUGCUCCUGCUUGGACGCCUCGCGAGUCUAUUGAUUCACAUUUGCAAGCGCAAGCAGAGGCGGCUCACAAAGCAGAUUUAGAGGCAGGGCAUCUGAAUGCACCUGGUGGGUUCCCUGAGACUCCUAUGGAGACUCCGAUGGAACAAAACGUCGACAACCAGUUCGAGAACGAACCGGUAUAUGAGACUGCUCAGCCGGUUGCGAACAAUCUCGAUAGGUGGGCACAAAUCCGAAAGAAUGCUGCGGAGCGUGCAGCUAGAGUCAGCGAGGACCAAAUUUCUCGGCGCCCAUCUCACAUCACUACUGGUACCGAAGAUGAAGGCGACACCAGCGGUGAGGAGACUAUCGAGGAUCGAGUCGCUCGCAUCAAAGCUCGUGUUGCUCAUCUCACUGGCAACAUUGAAAGGGCACCCACAAGCAUGCCUCGUUACUAA